AUGUACACACUCAAACCACUCCCCGCAGAGACUUGGAUUCUUAUAGCGAAUCACCUAGACUUUAAUAGCCUUAAGAGCUUUGCACUUACAAAUAAACAUUUCCACUCUCUAUUCACCACAAUAGAACUGCAAUACAAGUACUGGCUUGAAAUUUACAACCAAUCAGAUCGCAUCACAGACACCCCAGACGCUAUCAAACAGAGGCUUGAUAAGGUCCAGAAUCUUCAAGGCAACUUUAACUGUCUAAACGCACAACAGCACCAUGUUCUUAUACGCGAUCACAAAUCAGCACUCCAGGCAAGAUUAGAUCCUAAUAACAUUCCUUAUCGCAAAAAACACAGCCAUUCUAGCCUAAGAGUGCUUAGAGACGGCUAUUUCCUUGUUUCUUCAAGGGACAGCCAAUUUGAGCUCUACAAGUUACCACAGUCGAAUGGCGAAUCCUCUCAACACUCCAUCGACAACGUUCAUCCACUCUAUCCCUCCAUUGUUAAAUUCGAUACUGGCGGCACGCAAAAACAGAUUCAAGACUUUGAUUUGGAUGUCGAGAAUGACCUCAUCGUGUGUUGCAUACAGGAAUUUCAAACAGAUAACACGAUGCUGCAGUUCUACUUCCGUUUCUUCAGUCUUUCCAAGGCUUUGAAUGAGCAGGAAGCAGUUCAGCAUCCUAUAGCUUCAGCACCCUUCACUCACAACAUACUACGCGCGUCAGUCGCAGCGCCUUUCCAGAUGCAGCUCAAUGGUCCCCAUCUGGCUGUGCAAUUUAAUGAAAGAGAUGGCAAAUCUGUCGUCAGCGUAUGGAAUUGGACUAGACAGAUGGCUUUGGAGGCUGUCUACUACGACAAAUUAAACCUCUGUGAAGCUGCUGCUUUUCUUACAUCUGAUAUCUUAGCACUUGCAAUUGUAUUGGAAAAUACUGGUAAUCCUAUCAUUCAAUGUGUUCAGCUUGAUUCUAAGCAGCAAAAACAAGCUGAGCAGAGGUACAGCUAUGGUUUACCGGAUAUUCCAUCUGGGCAAGUUGAUGCUGUUGGUUUUAAGAUACUCAGUGACUUUCAUCUCUUUGACGAUCUAAGCGGAAGUAAGAAACACGUUCCAUUCGUCUUCGCGGAGCCUGUCGUAUCUCACACGACCGAUGCAUCGCUCAGAAACAGAGGCUCGAUUCAACCAACUGAAGAGUCAGGGUGUCUGUGCAUCGAAGUGGCCUCAUCGGACUAUCUGUCAGACGACAUAUAUCCAGCAACUUUCAUCAUCCAGAAGAAAGAAAUGCUCGAGAAUAUGAUAGAAAGGGACGUUUCACAGAUCGACAACACGCGUCGUCACGGCGAGAGUCGUUCGAAAGGUUCAUUUGAUGCUUAUUUCUUGGCACAUGUUACUAGGGUGAUCAGCGAACCUAAGUCUGUUUACCCAAUGUAUGGCACACGUUUCUGUAACGUACCCAAGAUCAACAUGAUUGAGUUGAUCGAUUUCAAUCCUCGUCUUAGGCAGAGUAAGCCACCUACACUCACCGCAGAUAGAAAAGCACUGGUAGGUGGGCGUCAAAGGAGAAUGGACAGAUACGUUCAGAAACAUCAACGAGGCACUCUCAUUGCACCUCACACAGGCGAUCAUGAGGCUAUGGUUAACCAUAUUGCUACCAGGAUAAGAGAUUUUACUGCUAACAACGACCUUCCAAAUCAUGAGAAUGCGCUCGAGGGAAUAGAAGCUAUAAUAGAUGAAGAGAACAGGAGAUACUUACAGCACAUAGACGACAAUGUUGACGACGAGGAUGAAAUUGACGAUGACUUAGACGAUGAGGAGAUUGAGGAUGAGGAUGAGGAUGAGGUAGAUGAAGAAGAGGGCGCCUUGAUUGGAAAUGGUAGGACAAUGUCUGAGCCUCCUCCCGAGGAUGACGGAGAGGAAGACGAAGCCGACGACCAUGAAGGCGAGAUAGGCGGACAAGAUGAGAUAAACGUCAUGCAAGAGAUUGACAUGAGUGAUGUGAGUGAUGAAGAAGAGCGUAAUAUGGAGCACAUUCCACCUGGUGAAUCCGUCCAACGGUCUCUGCAUGAAACAGACGGGUAUCCUGAAAGACAAGCGUUGGUGAAAGGAUCACAGCAGUCAAUAGAUGUUCUAACGAACCAAGCAAUAUACACCCAGGAAGAUGAAGAUAAUGAGAAGAGAGAGAUUGAAUUCAAGCUACCAUACAGAACUAUCCUUAGCUUUACAGAUCUUGGCGUCGAAAGUGCAAUGAUAGACAAAGAGUGCAUCGUGCUUGAGACAUGUCACGAAGUUUUCCAUAUACUAACAUUUUGA